CCGGCCUUGGAUGUCCGACCCUUUUUCUUUGCAAGGAAGAGAAGGGCAGGAAGAGACGCAGGCAAAAGGCUACUUCAAACCACCGAGGAAGGAUGUGGACUUACACUGUCGGUUUUACUGUCCUGCCUCACCUUGGAGGUUUCCUUGGCUGGCUCAUUAACCGAAAAGAAACUCCUGUUUGGUACGACAAGCUGAAAAAACCUGCGUGGUGUCCACCCCGCAAAAUAUUCCCUGUUGUUUGGACUGUGCUGUACACUGGCAUGGGCUACGCCUCCUACCUCGUAUGGAACGACCUGGGUGGCUGCAGCAGCAAAGCCAUCGUCCCGCUUGGCCUCUACGGGGCUCAGCUGGCCCUGAACUGGGCUUGGCCCCACUUCUUCUUCGGCACACAUAACCUGAAGAUGGCGCUGAUUGACAUCCUGUGCUUGGACGCGCUGGCGACGGGCACCGUGUGCUCCUGGUACCGCAUUAACAAGAUAGCGGCGCUGCUGCUGGUGCCCUACCUGGGCUGGCUGGCCAUGGCCACCUGCCUCACAAUCCGCAUCUGGAAGGACAACCCCGAGCAAAAACCAGGGAAGAGCGAGUAAGAGCAGGACAGAAAUGAAGGCGUU